AUGAACAUCCUCCUCCGGUUCUACAGGUGCAUCAAGACCGGCGUCAUCUCUCACGGCUCUACACACGGAGACAGCUACACAGGAAGGAUCACAAAGAAAUCCACCCCCACACUUCCCUACCUGGAUUCAUUCCUACACUGGACUCACAACCCUUCCUCAUCCACCCUCCGCAUAGCUUACCGUCACAGCCAAGUCAGUUCAUCGACGUGGGUUGCAUGGGGUAUCAAUCCCACUUCGAAAGGCAUGAUUGGAACUCAAGCCAUCGUAGCCUACCCAAGGCCUGACGGAACCACGGCUGUGUUCACUACACCUGUUAACAGCUAUAGGACCCAGCUACAAGAGGGGAACCUAAGUUUCCCUGUCUCGGAUCUAUCAGCCUCAUUUUUGGAUAACCAGAUGGUUAUAUAUGUGGUCAUUGAACUUCCAGAUAACACUACCAGUGUUAGUCAUGUUUGGCAAGACGGAACAGUCUCUGGAAGUACACUUGGAAUGCAUCAAGUUUCUGGGAAUCAUCUCCAGUCGAUGGGAACUCUCAAUCUUUCAUCAGGACAAGCCUCAACAUCUCACAGUGGGAGUUCAAAAAACCAACUCAAGAUUACACAUGGAGUGCUAAACACUGUUAGUUGGGGAAUCAUGAUGCCGCUCGGAUUUAUGGCAGCAAGGUACUUGAAGGCUGUUGGUCCAAAAGCAGACCCUCUCUGGUUCUACAUUCACAUCACUCUUCAGCUCCCCGGAUACUUACUCGGCAUGGCGGGAGGUGCAACUGGGCUCUACCUUGGGGUCAAGUCCGCUGGUGUUCAUCACCCUUGCCACAUGGGCAUUGGAAUCACACUUUUCUGCCUUGGGCUACUUCAGAUCUCUGCUCUAUUUUUGCGGCCAGCCAAGGACCACAAGUAUAGAUAUCUUUGGAAUUGGUUUCAUCAUCUCACAGGUUACACUGUCCUUCUCUUGAGCUUCGCCAACAUAUGGGUAGGCUUCUACAUUCUUAAGCCUGCAAAAACAUGGAUCAUCGUAUAUGGUGUUAUCUCCGGGACAAUGAUAGUAUCAACAAUCAUAUUAGAAGUUUGGAAGAAAUUGACACGAGAUGGAAUUAUCAAUGGAGCUAAUGAAGCCAGUACAACCGAAGAAAAUAUUGUGUAG